ACUACGGCACGCUCCAACUCACCUUGAAUCGGCGCACGGACCGCUCUCCCUGUCAUUCGGGGUGCGGGGCGUACGGAGAACCAAUACACGCCCCAAAGCCUCAAUCAGCAGCCAAUCCAAUGACAGAAGAGGCGGACCUGUGGCUGCAUUCUCACACUUGGUUUCACUAUGCGCUCGUAAAAACGGCUCCGUCUACUACAAGCGCGGCGGUGCAGGUGCUCUGUCUCUUCGGGAGAGGAUGCGGAUGGAAGGACGGGGGAGGGAAGGGAUGAAGGGAAACGCCACGAGGAAAGAGAAUAGGAUAUGAAAAAGGGGCUUUUGCUAAAGAGACCGUGAGGUGCAAGGUCGAAUAUGAGAGAUUGGUUGAACGGGGCACUUUGCGUGGUAAUAGCUGGUCGGCAAUAGUACUAUGAUUUGGUAUGUGGCCACUCUGAUAGCAAGUGUAUUCAGCACCAGAGGAACGGCCGCUCAAGGUGCCCACGGAGUGAGAGAGGAGCCCCGGUUUGUGACGGCGCGCGCUGGAGAGAGCGUGAUCCUGGGGUGUGACGUGUCCCCUCCCCUGGAUGGCCAGCAGCCCCCCUAUGUGGUGGAGUGGUUCAAGUUUGGAGUGCCUAUUCCCUUCUUCAUCAACUUCCGCUUCUACCCUCCUCAUGUGGAUCCAGAGUACACUGGUAGAGCCUCUCUGCAUGGGAAGGCCUCCCUGCAGAUUGACCCAGUGCGCUCCGAGGACCAGGGCUGGUAUGAGUGCAGGGUCCUGAUGCUGGAGCAACAGUACGACACCUUCCACAAUGGCAGCUGGGUGCACCUCACAGUCAAUGCCCCACCUUCAUUUACAGCGACACCGCCGCAGUAUGUGGAGGCGAAGGAAGGGGGAAGCACUCUGCUUAGCUGCUCUGCCCAGGGAAAUCCAAAACCAAUGAUCAGCUGGCUGAGGGAGGGGGAGGAGCUCGCAACCAACGCAAAAUAUUCAGUACAUGAUGGCACUCUGACCAUCCUUGGCAUCACUAGAGACGACAGAGGGGCCUACACAUGUCGAGCCUACAGUGACCAGGGAGAAGUGCUCCACACUACCCGUCUGUUGGUUCAAGGUCCUCCAUACAUCGUGUCACCACCAGAAAACGUCACUGUAAACAUAUCCCAGAAUGCACUCUUCACCUGCCAAGCGGAGGCGUAUCCUGGCAACCUGACCUACACCUGGUUUUGGGAAGAGGAUAACGUCUACUUCAAGAAUGAUCUGAAGCUCCGAGUGCGCAUCCUCAUCGACGGCACCCUUAUCAUCUUCCGGGUCAAGCCAGAGGAUGCCGGGAAAUACACCUGCAGUCCGAGCAACAGCCUCGGCAUCUCGCCCUCAGCAUCAGCCUACCUGACUGUUCAGUACCCUGCCCGAGUGAUCAACAUGCCACCGGUCAUCUAUGUACCACGGAAACUGCCAGGCAUCAUCCGCUGCCCGGUGGACGCCAACCCACCUGUGACAUCAGUAAAGUGGGAGAAAGAUGGCUAUCCUCUCCGAGUGGAGAAGUACCCCGGUUGGAGCCUGAUGCCAGAUGGAAGUAUCCGGGUGGCGGAGGCCACAGAAGACUCCCUGGGCACGUACACCUGUGUGCCUUACAACGCCCUGGGUACCAUGGGCAUGUCCCCCCCUGCCACUUUGGUGCUAAAGGAUCCCCCUUACUUUAAUGUGAGGCCUGGGGGGGAGUACCGUCAGGAGGCUGGGAGAGAGCUAGUAAUUCCCUGUGCUGCUUCUGGAGACCCUGAUAUACCAACCAUCACCUGGAGAAAGGUGGGGAAGCCAAGCAGGAGUAAGCACAACAUCCUACCCAGUGGCAGCUUACAGUUUCUGUCCCUCAGCAAGGAAGACCACGGAGAAUGGGAGUGUGUAGCCACCAAUGUGGUCACGAGCAUCACUGCCAGCACGCGUAUCCUAGUCAUCGGCACCAGCCCACACGCUCCUGGCAAUAUCCAUGUAUUGCCCUCAACGACCUCUGCUAAUGUGUCCUGGGAACCAGGUUAUGAUGGCGGCUUCGAACAGACUUUCUCUGUGUGGUACGGUCCAGUGUCAAAGAGAAUAGACUUCGGUCCUCAUGACUGGCAUUCGAUGCCAGUUUCUGGUGCUCAGACCUGGUUGGUGGUGCCAGGGCUGGAGCCUGGGACAGAGUACCAGUUCAGUGUGUUGGCACAAAACAAACUGGGCACGGGCCCAUUCAGCGAAGUUGUGACAGUCAACACUGCAGGCUCUCCUCUGGGUACCCCAGAACCACUGGUGCUUCUUACUCCACCACGGUGCCUCACAGCCAAUCGCACGCAGCAUGGUGUCCUCCUCACAUGGCUCCCUCCAGCCAACCACUCCUCACCCAUCGACCGAUACAUCAUGGAGUUCCGCCUCGGGGAGAGGUGGGAGGUUCUGGAUGACCUGAUCCCAUCCACUGAGACUGAGCUCAUAGCCAGAGACCUUGUUCAGGAGUCCUGGUAUGAGUUUCGAGUGAUGGCUGUCAUGGAUGACCUGAUCAGUGAGAGCAGCAAUGUAGUGGGAGUAUCUAGCACAGAUCCCUUCCCUCCUGCGGAGUUGCCUGAUGAGGGGCUGGCGCGACCUGUGGUGGCGGGUGUCGUGGCAACUAUCUGUUUUCUGGCAGCGGCAGUACUGUUCAGCACUCUAGCAGCUUGCUUUGUCAAUAAGCAACACCGUCGCAAACUCAAACGUAAACCAGAUCCUCCCCUGUCGGUGACACACUUCAGGAAAAGCAUUGAGUCACCGUUAUCUUCGGGGAAGAUAAGUCCAGAGAGCUCCCCUCCAUCUCGGCCGCGCUCUCUUUCUUCAGAGGGUUCCCACGGUCCAGGCCUGUACGUCAGGAAGCUGCCCAGCCCUCAGAGAGAAAAAGACAAAGAGCUCUCCUUCUACAAGAAAACCAAGCGUGCCAUAGCCAGCAAGAAAUACAGUGUGUCCAAGCAUGAAGCAGAAGUCACCACGCCUAUUGAGCUGAUAAGCCGUGGCCCUGAUGGCCGCUUCGUCAUGGAGAGCAGCCCACCGCCCCGCCGCAUCCAGGGCUUUCCCUUCGCGGAGGAGUCUGACAUGUACCCUGAGUUCCGGCAGUCUGAUGAGGAGAAUGAUUUUGACCCCGGGCCUCUGCCGCCCAUCAUGCCCACGCUGCGGCCCCAGCUCUCCCCAACGUCCUCCAGCCUGGAGUCAACGCAGCCCCCCACCUACAGCCCCCGCCUGCACAGGCCCAUGGAAGGUAUGAGCUUUGCAGAGGGCAGUGCACUUCACGCCUCAGGGCAGGCCCCGGCCUCCCGCUACAGGGGCUUUCCCCAGGGCCCAUUCUAUGGGUAUCUAGGCAGCCGCGCUGAAUCAGGGAUUCCACCACCAUUCUACAUGCCUGACAUCAGCCCGCGUAGCUCCGCUCUGUCCUCCCCCCCAGGCACCGCAGAGGGGCCCUUUGGUUACCCCUCCAUCCCCGAGGAGAGUGGAGAGAUGGAGCACCAUCAGUACACAGCCUCUGGCCAUUCUCUGUCUCACACACACAGCCCUCCUCCUCGCUCACCUGAAAGCUGGCAGCCUCAUGAGCUACCCUUCCUGGGUCUAGAGGGUCCACGGUUCAUAUACCCACCUCACCAUCCCUUACAUCAUCCCCAGGACCUCCCUGACCCACCCCCAUACCCUCCUCACUCUCUCCCCCCCAGUCGCCUGCACCUCCCUUCUCUAAAGGAUCCAACAAGCCCUGGACUCCUGCAGCUGGAGGUCCCUAUGGCUCCCCCAGGCAGAGACAGGCCCCCGGGGCCUCCGGUUAGGCGUUUAGCUAUGCAACAGGCCCAAAGUCUCGGCCAGCUCAGACACACGGCCCACGGUGUGGGUGUACCAGUGUUGCCUUACCCUGACCCGGCAGCCCGUGCAGGGAGCCCAAGCACAGCCCCCAGUAGUAGUCCUCAGUCCUGGCUCAGCCCAAGGGCGGGGCGCCGGGCAGACCCCAGCCUACCCCCGCUAGUACUCCAACCCUCCCGCCUCUCUCCACUCUCCCAAAGCCCCCUUAGCACCCAGCCGGGUUCUCCAGAUAUUCUAGUGCGGCCCCCUCCACGCCCGAGCAUCCUCCGCACCUCUCGGUCUCUGGAGAUGCCCGAGAUCACCCUGCAGCCCUCGGCCACUGUCAGUUUCUCCCGGAGGUCCUCCCUGACCGCCUCUCCCACUCAGAGCCAGGGUGCCACGCAACCCAGCCCCAGUUACCACGCCCACAUGUCCUAUGCCUCCACUGCAGCCAGUUACCCCUCCCAGUCCCCCUCUCCCCCUCCAGAGGGCAGGGAUGUUUUCGGGCAGAGGCCAUCCCAGAGAAGGACAGAGGAGGAGAUGCUACCCUCAGAGCCCUCCCAGCUCCAGAUAUCAGCCUCAGGGGAACCUCUAGGUGCGUCUAGUGAUCCUGCCGGGUCUGAGAGCUUACCAGCACUGCUACACCACUGUAUUACUAAAGCCAAGGGAGUGGCUGCCAACAUCAAUAACAACACAACCUCCGCUCGGAGAACAGGUGUGUCUCCCUCUCAGACCCAGCAGCAAUCUCAGACACCCCAAGAGGGAGAGAAUCUCAACUUCCCCAGAAAGAGGAAAAGGCAAAACAAGAAGAACCCCUAUCUCUAUUUGACCUCCUUCCUGCACCGCAGGCAGUCUGAGGAGGACCAGACAGGCAUUCUGGCCAGUGCAGACUCUGAGGGCCCGAAUUAUGGGACUCUACGCUGACCUGUGUGCCCACCAAGCCAUUGGACUCGACUAAACUGAAGCCCCCCGCCACCCACACACACACACACACACACACACACACACCCCACCUCACCUUCCCCUGAAAAAAAAGAUAACAGAAAACAAAAUAAAACACACACCUCAGCCCUCCCUGCUCCAUCCCGGUCUCUGUAUCAAGCUAAUACGUUUCUUAUAAUCUCUAAAAGUUCAUCUGUGUUUGGGGAGCAGGGGAAAACAUCAAGCUGAAUACUCCGGGGUUGGAAAAUCUUAUUUGAGGACAAGAACAAUGGCUUUUCUGAGUUGUCACCACUACUUGUCUCUGAGGAAUUCACUUGAAAAUGCUCUGAAAAUAUAUAAUGUACAUAAAUAGUAAAACAAGGGAAUUAAGCUUCCUCCUACAGUAAUAAAAAUGUGUUGGUUGAGUAUGUGACAACACGUUAAAGAUUUUUCACUCACUGGUCAUUGAGGGGUCCAUAUCUUUAGGUUUUUCAGUGAUACAGUGUACUGUUAAGCCUGGUGCGUCCUUGGACAGGGACAUGAGUCUACCUUUCCUACAAUACAAAUAGUGUCAGUAUUUAAACACAGGGUUCUUACCACAAAAUAUACCUCAGAGUAAACGCAGAAUUGCUGUAAUUCUUGUGGUAUACUGUACGUACUUGACCUUUUUACAUAUGAAACGUAUGGAUAAAAAGGUUUAUAUCACACACCAUGCUCAUUCAAACGGAUAAUAUGGCCUAACUUGAUCUGAUUUAGAAGCUUUGUAUUAUCAGUAAUAGCUGGCAUAUAUUGUGUUUGUUUUGGUUUAUGAUCCAAUGCCAACCGUUACGGGGACGGUGUCUUAAAUUCCAGUGCUCGAUGGCUCGGUGUGUUUGCACCCAUCGUUGUGGCACUGCAUUAAGACAGAGAUCAUAGCCUUCAUGAGAACUCUCAAAAUAAUUUGGGACUUACACGCUCAACAGAGGUUGGACUUGUAGGAGUUACAAGAACAGGGUGAUGAAUUGUGAAGUGUACUGUAGUAUGUGUUUCAUUAUUAAGGAAUCAUUUGUGAAAUGUGGCACGUCUUGCGGUGCCUUUUUUUGCCUUUUUUCUCUCUUGUUUUUUCUAACAUAAACUGCCUUUUCCUUCGCCUUCUCAUAUUUGUCUCUUCGGGUUAGGGGGAGGGGGAUAUUACAUGUGUUUUUACUUUCUCUGCCAAGGACACAUUAGAGAAAAUGCUACAGAGGAUGCAUAACUCUUGUUUUUGUUUUGUUUUUUGCUUUAGUAUUUUUUUACAUUUAUAUUUUAAAUGGGUACCUGCUUCGACUGUGUAUAUCCAAGUAGAAGGACAGAACCAUAAAAAUGAAAAAAUACAGAAAUUUAGAUUUGAAAAAGGCAAGUAAAUUAAUAAAUAUAACUUCAGUACAUGAGUUUCCAUGCAGGAAGAACAAACCAGAACUAUAAGGAUGUUAAUGUUUAACAACAGCUGCGAGAGGAGAAUGUGAUUGCUUCAUAAAGCUGUUAACAAGCAAUGGGAAAUAUUAACAACGGCCACCCUGACUGUUUAUCUUUUAACAACUGUAUAUUACUUGCUAGCUACUUCUCUGUAUGUGUGUUAAUUUUUCGACACUAACCGAUAAUGAAUGUAUGUUUUGCUGUACAGGAAAUGAAUGUCCCGAUGUCACAGUACAUUGAAUGACCCAUUACGCUGUUUAGAACACAGCUGCGAUUGGUGAGACGACCAGUUGGCACACUAAGUCCAAAUUGUUUUAACUUCUCUGUCUUAUCCCUGUUUGCGAUAAUAACCGGUGCCCCCCCCCCCAAAAAAAAACUCUCUCUCUCACACACACACAGUUUCUCAGCCAAGCUCCCUUUUGCCUAUGACAGCUACCAAAUACAACCGUUUUCCUUUUUAUUGCUAAAGCUAGUUCAAUCACUCAAAGACAUAUCAGAUAAGAUCCAUCUGCCACCAACAAAUCCGUGGUUUUCCAACAAACCCACAUGAAUGAAUCGACUCAAUGUCUGCUUACUGAAAACUCUUUUGACAAGUGAGAAAGUGAUGAUUGCCUGAAAGUGAACGUCAAAGUGCAUAUUCUACUUUAAUUGGUUUUCAUGUAAGAUACGAGGAAAAAAAAAUCUAUAUUUGUUAUGUACUGUACAUGGUGUGUAUUGUAUUUGUAAAGAUGAAUCAAACCAUGUUUUACAGGAAGACGUUCUUGUAUGAGGGUGUAUGAAAAGAUGGGACAGAUCCCAAGGUAAAAGAAAUUAGAUUAUAUAUAAAAGUAUUUGCUUACAGUACGGCUUUAAGUGGAUAAUGUUUUUAAAACAUUUUAAGGUGCCUCAUUUGUCAUACUUUAGCAGACAUUAUUUUAUCUGAGAAGAAAAGAAACCUUAAUGUUAGUACCGUACAAUGUAUUAUUGCCAUAGCCCGCUGGCUGCACAAGUUGAGUAGUAUUUUCUCUGAUGUAUAGUAUGUGAAUGCCCAUUGGAAAAAGCUUUAGAAGCAGACGUGUGUUGCCCUCUAUAAUAUUUCUGGAACAAAGUAAUACUGUAUUUUGCCCGUUCAUGAGCACACAUGUAGAUUCACUCCAGAUCUCGUCACCUUCAGGUGUCCAAAGCAAAUAAACUGAAGGAAACUUUUUUCUAAGAGUCACAGACAUGCUCUAGUCAUGUACAAUACGUGCUGUGGAGGAAAUUGUGUUUACAUUAGUUUGAUAAAGAAAAGUGUGUUAGGGCAUAGUUGCUUUUGAACAUUACGACUUGGUGCUAUGUUUAACUUUGUGGUGCUGUAGAAUAGAGGUCUAAAGAAUUUUUUCGUUUUUCUGUUUCCACGAGCGACUCUCUUUUGGCCCUGUGUGUUUGAGCAACUAAACUAAGCUCCGGUAGACACUAUAGGUCCUUAUCAUAACAGUAUCAUGGUGUGAUGACAGUGAUAGACAAUAAUGGAAAAAUAGUAGUAUAACCUCAAAUAAUAGAGACUUGUGACAUCAAAUGAACUCAAGAUGACCUGUUUUCUAUAGUGUUUGCAAUGUCUGUCUGUGCUUCCAAGGUACCCUCUCUAAAGUAUAUUUGUGAUGAUAUUGAGAAUAUUAACCCAGCCUAAAAGGAGAAACAUAACCUGAUUUUAGAUUAGUACACACACACGCACACCACAGGACACACAGGAGGGAAUCUGAGAGCAUUGUCAGGUCACAAGGGGGAUCUUUUUCUACACACUUCCUGUAGGUCUACAAUCUUUGGUUAACAGCACUGUUUUUCAAGCACACUACUGCAGGGGCGCAACUGUCUCACAUCAUCCCCACCACCUUUUUGAUGGAACAAUUCCUACUAGUACUGUACAGUAUAGCCAUGACCAGUCACCAGACCACAUUUGUAUUUACUGCUGAUUCUCCUGGUUAGAAAGGUAUUGGGAAAGCUCAUACAUCCUCUCCAUGGGUUUUAAACGAAUGGAUGUCGUCUUCCGGGCUCUUUUUUGCAUAUUCAACAGAAACAUGUACAGUGUUUAAGAGGGCUGCUUUGGACGUACUGUUAGCUUCAGUUUUGGGGUUUUUUUGGUUUGUUUUUUUCUUUUGUUGUUUUUCUUUUUUUUUCCCAGUUUUUCUGCUUACAGCUUUUAGUGCAUCACUAGGUGCUGGUAGGAUGAUACUUAGAACUGAUUUGAUUUUUUAUUGUAUUAAUCUUGCAUGUAGAGACAAUACAAAAAUGCCUAUUUAGCAAUCAUUCAUGGACAUCCGAGCUGGUUGUUAUUGGACGGAAAAUAGAAAUAUGUAGUAUUUUCUAUAUUCUCUGUUUUUUCAUGUGUACCAGCACUGAGAAACUAGAAUGUAUUAUUAUCGUAGGCUACAAUAAGCACUACAUCGUUGACUGUUUUAGCUAAUGCUCAUACUCAAGCAAACCAAGUAGUGCUUAAAAGGAAGAAAAUUUACUACAUUUCAUUUCAUUUUCAUCCACUGAACUCUGUGCUGUACAUCACAUGUUUACAUUCUGUAUUAUAUGUUGUUUAUUCUGUUUUUUUUUUGUGCAUAAUGUUUCCAUAAUGUCCUUCUUUAAGUUGAAACAUGUAUUCAACAAUGUUCAUAUGUAAAUAUUUCAAAGCAAAAACAUUUUUUACUUUUCUCUGUUUUAAAAUGAUAACCUGAUGUUCUCUUUUCUUUUUUUUUUUUGGUCAGUUUUUUAGACUUGUCAUUCUGUUCUCUCACUGCAUCAGGUAAUACGCUUCACUUAACUUUUUGUGAGCAAUUAACUCAUACUGUAUGGUGCUGUACCAAAGCCUUAUGUAUAAUAUUUGUAUUACUUUCCUCUCGUUUGCCACUGCUGUCCAGUGAAUUCUGUAUCGUCUGAGAUCAUGUCUUACUCACUCUUCAUGUUCAACUGCCAUGGAUCUUGUUUCUUUAUUGAGUAAAAAAACAGAAACCUGAAUGAACUAUGAUGUUGGAAAAAAAAAACACUCUGGCCUGUUACCAACUGGCCUGGAUGUAUAGUGACAGUCGCCAUCUCAAGCCUUUAUAGGGAAAAACGCACAGGCUCACUCCUGGUAGCUCAUCAUGACGUAGACAUGGGCCUAGCACAUGAUCUAUGCUCUUAUCUAUGGCAUGUCUGUGAGAAUAUGAAAGCAGUGUUGUAUUCAUGUCACCAUAUCAUUUCAAAUGCUUAGUCCCAUACAAAAUUUUCCUCUCAAAUUUUUGUAUUUUGAUAUAAUAAAAAAAAAUCAAAAGAG